AUGCUUACCGAUCCACCCCUUGUGGCUGGUGGUCCGACAUUAAAGGAACUGGGGGGCGAAAAUCCAAAUGAUGGACACAAUGUGGAUUUCACCGUUCGUUAUCGUCUUGGUCGAGAGAAUUCAACGUGGGAGUAUGCUCGAACGUCUCAAGCACAACUGCUUAUCAAUCUCCCCGAGUUCAAGCAUGGAGAAGAACUCUUUGUACAGGUGAAAGCGGAACAAAACGGUGAAAUUGCUGAUGACUGGGGGCAGGAGCUCAUUGUGACGCUUAACAAAAAGGUAUCUAUAGGUGGUGUGCUCAUUGAUGAUGAUGAAUUAGUCCCUCCUUUGGACUUCACAACCCAUAUUCUGGGGCCAUCAAGUGUUAAGUUGGAAUGGCGACCUCAUGAAGGCGUUCCUCCAGGUAGAGUUGAACUUAUAAAAUAG